ACGGGGAUAGCGGCGUCAUAGUGGAAGGUUCCCGGAACUGUGGUGUGUGACAGUGAGCGGAGGCUGCAGUCUUUCCCCUCUUCUCCCCGGUUCAGGUAGCCGUGUACGGGGAGCGCUCGUGCCUGCUCUAUCCCGCGGUGCUCCACUCUGUAUGCCCCGUGACCGCCGCUGUCUGAUCGCCACAGCUGUCAUUGGUGUCCCCAUCCACUGCCCGCAGACAUGACCACCCGCUCCGAGAGGGAGAAGGCCCAGAAGCUGAACGAGCAGCACCAGGCUAUACUGUCCCGGAUGUUGCGGGAGGAGGACAACAAGUACUGCGCUGACUGCGAGGCUAAGGGUCCAAGAUGGGCUUCCUGGAACUUAGGAGUUUUUAUUUGCAUCAGAUGUGCUGGAAUUCAUAGAAACCUCGGUGUUCACAUAUCAAGAGUUAAGUCUGUCAACCUGGAUCAAUGGACCCCAGAACAAAUUCAGUGCAUGCAGGACAUGGGAAACACAAAAGCAAGACUGCUAUAUGAAGCUAAUCUUCCUGAGAACUUUAGAAGACCUCAGACAGACCAAUCAGUGGAAUUCUUCAUCAGGGAUAAAUACGAGAGAAAGAAAUACUAUGACAAGAACGCUGCAGCCACUCUCAGUACGUCCUCUUCUGAUGCUGUGCAGCCUUCGGCAUCCUCUCCUUCUCUGCAAGCAGCUGCCGACAAAAGCAAAUUGGAGAAAGAGAAGGAGAAGAAAAGGGAAGAGAAGAAAAAGGAGAGGGAAUCUGAAAAACCAGUGAAACCUGUUGCUAUGGAGAAGGUUGUGAAAAAAGAACCACAGCUAGAGGUUAAAGCCAGUCCAAAGAAAGCACCAGAGAUGACUGUUGAUCUUUUAGGACUUGAUACUCCAGCUGAAGUCCCAGUGUCAAAUGGCAGUGCAUUUACUGCAAGCACGUUAAAUGAUGACCUGGAUAUAUUUGGUCCAAUGAUCUCCAACCCCCUACCAGCAUCUUCAGCAAACACAACACAGGUAACAACCACAGCGCCAGCCGCUGCCAGCAUACCUCAGUCUUCUGGAGACUUAGAUUUAUUCACUGAGCCAUCUACAAAACCUGAAGAAACUGCUAAAAAGCCUUUAUCAAAAGACUCAAUUUUGUCACUUUAUGGUACAACAAACAUGCAGCAGCCAAACACGACUGGUAUGUUCAUGGGUUCUUCUCCAAUGCAAUACUCCACGCAGCCGACAACCAACUUCCAAGCUUUUCCUCCAAUGGGUGUAGCUGUUCCUGCAACUACUGGCCUGAUGGGUAACCUGAUGGGUCAAGCCAUGCCUGCUAUGGGACAAAAUGCUGGAAUGAUGGUUGGCAUGGGAAUACCAAAUGGAUUUGUAGGAAACACUACCCCUGGAGUUAUGGGACUCCCUCCUAAUAUGAUGGGAACACAAGCGGGAAUGGUCACAAAUAUGGGAACACCUCCAAAUAAAUUUGGCAUGCAGCAGAAUCAGCCAGCCCCUUGGAAUUUUGCACAGAUGAAUCAGCAGAUGAGUGGGAUGAGCCUGAAUGGUGCAAGCAAUGUGAUGGCUUUUGGUCAGCCGGCAAACACAGUUGGAGCAGGAUGGUCUGGAAACGCCGCUGGUCAGACUCUAAGCACACAGCUCUGGAAAUGAGAAAAGCCAGCAAACACACAAUAAAGAGGAUCCUCUCGACAUUCCUUGCUUCAAUGCACACAUGCCCCUUGUUUUAAACAUGUAUAUACUCUUCUUUCCCUUCCCAAUGUCCAUAAAAUGAGCCUAUCUGCUCACCUUUGUCAGUUUGAGUCAAUUGGGUUUGAUAGUUAUGGAGUAGAAGGUACAUUCACAUAUCAGCAGUUUUCCAUAAUCUGUGAUUUUUAACUAAUGUUUCUGAACGAAUGUGUUUUUUGUGCAAUGGUUUUAAAGGAAAUAUAUCAAAGGGUUAUUUAAGGGUACUGGGUAUCAUGUUAGUAAUUGCAAAUUUUCAGUGUCACCUUCAGCCACCUCCUUACUUAUCCU